CCUGCAACUCUGAAGCAGAAUGACUCGUCUCACACUUGGAUUCUAUCUGCCACUCUGCUUUUAUUAUGUCCAGGCCGGAUCCUCUUUCCUGGACAGCUUUAUCUCAUUCCCAGCUCUCAGGUCGCACGAGGAGCAGAAGAGGUUCAACCCCUGCUGCCUGAUGAGUCCACCUCCACCCCCGCUCUUCCCCCCACCCCCAUCGAUUUGGCGCCGCCACGCUCAUGAUGGUGAAGCAAAGUCUGGCAACGAAGAGAAAGGUGGUCAGUGUGACCGUGGCCCCCAAGGACCUGUUGGUCCACCUGGUCCUCAGGGUCCAGCAGGGCUGCCGGGUAUCGAGGGACCCAAGGGAGAAAAGGGGGAGAUCGGAAGACCUGGACAGAAGGGUCGGACAGGUCCUCCUGGACUUCCCGGAAAACAGGGACCAGCUGGAUGGGCAGGUCCAACUGGGCCCAAAGGAGAGAAGGGUGACCCGGGGCUGAUGGGGUUGCCUGGAUCCAGAGGACCCAUCGGACCGAGGGGCCUGGCUGGAUACAAAGGAGAGAAGGGCUCCCUGGGCGAUCGUGGUGAGAACGGCAUGAAAGGAGACAAAGGGGCGAUGGGCUUCCCAGGCAUGCUUGGACAGAAAGGAGAAAUGGGCCCAAAAGGAGAACCUGGAAUCUCAGGGAACAGGGGCCCCACGGGGAGACCAGGAAAAAGAGGGAAACAGGGGAUGAAAGGUGAAGUGGGCACUAUCGGUCCAAUGGGGCCUACAGGUCCACAAGGAACUCCUGGUCACCCAGGUCCUCCUGGAUCACCAGCCUCAGGACUUUACAUGGUUGGAACCAAAGGGGCUCGUGGGCCACCUGGACCUCCUGGGAAGUGCAGCUGCAGUUCCCUCAGUAGCUCUCCUUAUGAUGAUCAGCCGUCCAGAGGAAGCUAUGCCAAAGUCCCAGCGAUAUUCGUGGUAAGCAACGAGGACGAGCUGCAGCGUCUCCACACGAACAACGCCAUCGCGUUCUGCAAAGAUCAGCGCGCGCUCUUCUUCAAAGACGUGGAUGGUUGGCUUCCCAUCCAGACUCCGUUCCAGAUGGCGCCUUUCCAGUCCAUGGAAAACGCCCCCGAGGAUGAGGGUUACUGUGGAGAUGGGAUCGUGCAGAGCUCUACUGGGGAAGAGUGUGACGACGGAAACAGAGUGGUGACCGACGGAUGCGUUAAGUGCAGACACGCCUACUGCGGAGACGGGUAUCGCUACGAGGGGGCGGAGGAGUGUGAUGGGAAAGACUUUGGAUAUCAGACUUGUAACUCUUAUCUCCCAGGGUCCUACGGUCAGCUCAAGUGCACGCCACACUGUUUCAUCGACUCGACAAACUGCAAGUACUUCACCUGAGGACACGAACAGGCAACAGCAGGAGCUUCAGCGUGUGGCACGUGUUGGGAGUAUUUAAAGCAAAAUAUAGAGAACAAUAUUGUUAAGAGACUCUGGAGGAGGAGGCAGCUGAAAUAGAAAAUCCCUCUCCACUUGCCGGAAGGACAGUGCCACCGGAGCGGAGAUGUUCACCCACCACUAAAGCACGCAGGGACUAAACUGACAGACCCUUCUCCACCCGGCCGCCGAGGGACAGCCAUGUCAGGCCCAGCGACAAGGAUGCAUGAAGCUUGGAAUUCAAGGAGAGCUGCUGGGAGCAUGACACCUUUCACCACCAUUUCCACGACAGCCAUGGGGCCCCCUGUAGUUACAUCACUUACAACGCCGUUGGCUCUUGAACAGAAGUCUCCACAAAUCUCUCAGGAAGGUUACGAAGCUUCACACUGACUGGACGCAGAAGCACAGAGGAAACAGAGAAAGUUUCCUGUGCUUCAGUCAAAGGCUCGACACUGUUAACUCACCUCUCCCUGCACAGGCUGCAGCUGCUCAACAAGGGGAGGGAGUUGAUUCCAAGUUCUGUCGUACAUAACUGCUCUAUACCUCUCUAUCCAGUCGUUCUGUCUUACAACAACAGCUGAUCACAGUCCACCCUCGGAAGUGCAGACGUCUGCUGCUUCUGUUGUUUCUAUAAGCUACUGAGCGUUAGCAGAGUCCUGGGCUCUGAAUGGCGCUUGAAAGCUAAAGACUGUUACUGUUACGUGCUGCUUGUUUGUGAUGAAGUGCUGACGUUACACCGCUCGCUGGUUUUUACUCAUCGAGCCUCUUAAGAAACAUGAUGGUGUUACAUGUGAGUCCAUGAUGAAGAAGCAGAAACCUGCGGAAUGUUCCAUGUUUGUGCUGUAUAUUGUCUGUAUGCACAACAAAGCUACUGCAUGUGAUAUUUAAAUUGACACUAGUCUGAACUGUGACAGUUUUAUCACGCCGAUAUGA